AUGAAGAAAAACUCCUUGUUCCUCAACGUUUAUGAGAAGAGGGAUUGUCGGUUCUAUGAAGAAAAUAUUGCAUUAAGCAAGACAGCCUGGCUGCAGUAUCCGUAUGUUAACCAGCAAUGGGGAGCAGAUAAAGCUGUAGACGGGAGAUUUACAGAUCGGUCACCUGCUGGAGGACAAUGUACGAUUUCUGGCAAUGUAAAAACAACUGCCACCUUGUGGGUGGAUCUAGGAGGCCUAAGAAGCAUACAUCACGUCAAUUUCUUCUACAGGACAGACAAUAUCAUUUGGGGCUCGUCCAAUCCUUACACAUCACGAGUUCUUGGAUUCUCAGUCUACAUAUCGAACACAACUAAAAAAGAUGAAUGGUUCUUAUGUUUCAAGGAUACAAAUUACACACGAGAUACAGUACCAGAAAAUGUUACAUUAGAUUGUGUAAAGCAUGGGAGAUACGUGAUCUACUACAAUGAGAGACUGCCAGGAGUUAUCUAUCCUGAGGGAUAUUCAGCGUACGCUUUCAGCGAACUAUGUGAACUUCAAGUUUAUGUGUGCCCAACGGCGGGAUAUUAUGGAGAAAACUGUACUAUAACAUGCCCACAAAAUUGCAAGAAAGGACAUUGUAACAUUGAGGAUGGGACAUGUCUUAGAUGUGUUCCCGGGUACAAAGAACCACGAUGUGAGGAAGAAUGUGAUAAUACUAGAUACGGACCUGAAUGUAACAUGACCUGUGGUAACUGUAGCAACGUACAACAAUGCAACCACGUGAAUGGCAGUUGUCCUAACGGAUGUGACGUUGGUGUCCAAGGGAAUAAAUGUGAUCAAGAAUGUCCUCAAGGAAGACAUGGAAAAAACUGUGUUGAGCUCUGUAACCCAAACUGUAAAGGAGUCUGUAACAGAUUUACUGGUGUCUGUGAGUUUGGGUGUAACGAUGGAUGGAAGGGGGUAUUCUGUGAGAAUGAAUGUGAUGGCCGAACAUACGGAGAAGACUGCGGUGUGUCUUGUGGUUCAUGUUUGAAUAUAGAACAAUGUCAACACGUUAAUGGUACUUGUUUUAAAGGAUGUGACAGAGGAUUUCAGGGAGAGAGAUGUACUAGCGAAUGUCUAAUCGGACGUUAUGGCUACAACUGCCAGGACGUGUGUAGCAUUAACUGUGGAAUCCCUAGUAGAUGUAACAGAGUAACAGGGGAAUGUCAAGGUGGAUGUCAGGCUGGCUGGAAAGGGAUGAAGUGUGACCAAAAAUGUGACAUUGGUUCAUUUGGACAAAACUGUGCUCAGUCAUGCGGAGUUUGUCUUCAUAAAGAACAAUGUCAUCACAUAAACGGGACAUGCUUGAAUGGCUGCCAUAGAGGUUACCAAGGAGAUGCCUGUACUCGGGAAUGCGCCUGGGGUUUUUAUGGUUACAAUUGUAAUGAAACGUGCAGCUCAGUUUUUUUUAACAACACGUGCAACGCCAUGACAGGAGCUUGUCCACUUGUGUCUGCUCCAGAUCCGCCAGAAACAAACACCGCCCCUAUCACAGGAAUUGUUGUGGCAGUCAUUGUUGUAAUCCUUGCUGUUGGCAUUCUAUUUUUUGUUUUCAGAAGAAAAAGGACAAGUAGCACAAGCAAAGAACAAAAUCAUUUAGAGAGGCGAGGUGAACAUUUGUCAGUGGGAAAUACGACACCUAAUAAGGAUAUCCAUGAAAAGAUAAAGGAGAAUGGGUUGAACCAAGCACUGGGACCCAGGACAAAAAUAUCUGACAAUGGUGAAUAUCAAGAAUUGGGACCAAAGACAGAAAUAUCUGACAAUGGUGGAUAUCAAGAAUUAGCACCCAGGAAAGAGGUGUCUGAUAAUGGUGACUAUCAGGAACUCGGUCCACGGAUAGAUACCUAUGCUAAAUCUAAUGACAACACUGGAUACCUAGAAAUUGGUCAAAUAGGUCAAACCUCUCCUUAUGAAAACUAACAUUUAUCUGGAUCUGAGAAAUUAGAAACCAUCAUUUUAGGGGUUUAAUUGAAUUUUAUAUAUUACAAACCAUUCAUUCUUGCACAGUAGAAUUUAGAAUUAGUGAAGCAUACUUCGAAGUGUGAAUUUCUAAUCGAUACUACUCUUCGUAAUGCGUAUAUUUUUUUCAAAGAGAUACAGUGAUUGAAAUGACAAGAAAACUGUCUUGAAGGGAGACUGUUAUUGUACAGUUAUGUCAAGUUUCAGGAUAAUUGAUGGGUGCUUUAAAAUCUACACAAGUGCAUUUGUUUGUUUGUCUUUUAUAUCAUUCAAUACACUUCCUGUUCUAUAUUUUUAUAAGAUCAGCAUGACUAAUGAAUAAAAAGUUUUUUUAAUGAUUGCGUCUGUCUUGAAAAUACGAUAUUCAAUAUUUUGAGGUUCAAUGUAGAGGGUUUUUUUUUCAGGAAUGGAAUAAAAAUAUUAGGUAUUUUCAUGAAUGCAAAGC